CUUAGCAAAAUGGCGGGAAAUUUCUUUUUCUUCGUGAGCGCUUUGGAAGUCAUGUUUUGGUUGAGUUUUGGCUGAAUAUCUUCGCGGUGAUCAUGCCUUCUCAAGAAGCAAGCAGUGAUUCAAGCGACGUAACUAGCCGGUAUAGUCAUUUACUGCAGCCGAUCCGUGAUCUGACAAAGAAUUGGGACGUAGAUGUCGCUGCUCAACUGGAAGAAUACUUGGCUGAGGUGAGCCAACGUUCUGAAAUUAACUGUUAACUUUACGCUUAUAAGUGAAAUAAAUGGCCUUUGAUUCCUUAAUCUAUCUUGGCAGGGAAAAAUUCUUCAAUUUUGUGCAAAAUAUGGCGCUAAAGGUUACCACUGCGGCUCUUGUUCUCCAAAGUUGCAUUACCAAAUACGUUGUUUAUUUAUGAGUGCUUUAUAUUAGUCCGGCACAGUAAUUGUUGUACUUUCUCUGUACAAAACAACAUUUUCUUUAGAUCGAAAAGAUCAAAAUAUCUUUUGAUGAAGGGAAGACCACCAUGAAUUUUGCUGAAGCAGCGCUUCUUAUCCAAGGAUCAACUUGUAUCUACAGCAAGAAGGUAAGUACAUGUACCAUAACAUAACCGCGUAUCAAAGCAAUCCUCUCCCUUGAUUCCAUGCCACUUUGACUUUUAACCUAUGAUCCAUCCCGUGGGUCUAUACUGAUUUACAUGACGGGUAAAAGGACCUCUUUUUCUAAUGCCUCAUAUCCUAGUAUUUUUAAUAUCCUAAUAUCUUUUAAUAUUUUUCUAAAGCCUCGUAUCUCUGUUGUAGGUGGAAUAUUUGUACUCACUGGUCUAUCAAACGUUGGAUCUAAUAGCAAGUAAAAAGUAAGUCAUUAGUUCUGAUGAUGACAUCAAGAGCCUAUGUUUUCCUUUACCAGGGUGACACAGCUGUUAAUAAAAUAUUUAUUUUCAUACCUGUGACUAUGACAUAUGCAUAGCAGAAGACACUUUGAAUGUAGCCCCUUAAUUGUGAAAGACCUGGUGAUGGAUGUUUGAAGAAGAUAGAAGGGAGUUUGGAGUUAGUUUUGGAGAGUUGAGAAAGAAAGUGAAGGAUAGGCAGCAGUGGUCAUAGCUUUAUUUGUCCAAAUGCAUACAAAGGAUGGACUGACUUGACUUAUUUUUUGUAAUUUUUUUUUGUUUGUUCGUUUGUUUUUUGUUUGAUAAGCAGAUCACUUGUAAAAUUGCAAACAGUCCCAUUUAGUGUUUGUGUUAGCAAAUGUUUUUGGUUAUGUGUGGGCAGAUUCACUGGCAAUGUGUCAACCAAUAAAUUGGUAAUAUGUAGGUAAUGCCUCAAAAGUUUGUUGUCACACAUGUCUGUUAUGUUUCAGUGAUUUGUCAAUUGACCUUCUGUCCAAAGAGUUGACUAGAUCUCAUAGAUAAUACCAUUUCCCAACCUGACCUAAUGCACCUGUAUCCUUCUGUUCUCUCCAAGACGUCUACAACAGGCAUCAACAGAUGAUUCAGUUGAACAAGGGAAGAAGAGUGCCAAGGGGCAUACUAAAGAGGUACAUGGUGUUCAUUUAAGUUUUUCUCCCUUUCCCUUACUUAGGUAAAUCUUAAAACUUGAUCCUUUUUUAGAAAAAGACAUUUUAUUGUUUCGUCACAAGUGUGAGAUGGAAAAAAUUCUGAGUCCCCAUGACGAGUUGCAUCUCAGACCUUCAGAUUCUGCGCUGUGAUGCUCUAUCACUGGGCUUAAAGAGGCUCUUAUGUGAGCAAGGCUCAUUACGAAGUUCACAUAUGACACUAGUCCUGUGUACUGCUAGGAUUAGCAAUGUCAAAAUCUUUUGCUAUUUCUUUACCAAGCUCAAAACUUAUCUUUCUUAUUCCAUGAUUCUUAUUUUGUUGCAGUAUCGCUCUUGGGAUGACAUAAAAGUAUCAAAGAAUAUUGAUUUGAAGGAAGAUGAAGAUGACAAUGCUGAAAGAAAGGUACUUACAAAUGUCUCUUCAAGUAUUACAAGAUUGCAACAUUUGUUCCAAUUUUCACAAAUACAGUAAUAUGUGCAGGGGGUUUCAAAAUGUUUUGAAGUAGGCAUCAGACUUUGCAAAACCAUGUGACUGUGAAAAGUUCAUAAAAGGCCAAAAGGCAAUUAUUUUGACCACAGUAACCAGCAACAUGUUAUUAAUUAGAGGGCAGAAGUCCAGUGGCCAUUGGCUUGUUUUGAAAUCCUUGUAUGUCAAUUAAUAGUAUUUUGAACCAUAGAUGAUCAGUAAUGAACUUUUUGCAAUUUGAUUGUGUGGAUUGAUUAGUCCCUCAUCUAAGUUCAUAGUUUUUAAUGUAAUAAGUUUCAUUUUACCUGUGGAUGAAAAUCAAGUAGAGCAGUGAUCCUCACAGGAAAACUGCAAUUACAGAAUAGAAUUCUGAAAAAAUUCAAGCUUUUAGAGGAUUGGAACCCAGGCCUCCCAGAUACUAAUUGGGUGAUUCUACCUACCAAGCCACGAAGCCACAUGCCAGGAGCAUGGGUACCAUUUAGGGGCUUCCUCUUUCCUGUAGCAAAUUUUAUCCUAAUUUUUUUUUUAAGACAAGUCAAUUCUGAGUUUGUUAUCUCUAAUUAAAAAAUUAUAGUAGUUGAGGGCCCUAUCUGAACUACUACUGAAGAGCAGUAUUUAGAGAUCACCUGUUAAUGAUUAAACACCAAUUUUUUUAGAGUUCACUGAUUGUGCCUAGGAUUCCUUUAGCCUUAAUACCUCUCCCAGAGGAAGAAAGAGGAGAUGUGCUUCUAAGGUACAUGUGUAGUGGUUAUAUCCAUUUUGAAAUCACUGGUGAGCCUUAAAAUCUGAUUGGCUCUCAUCAGUGCCAUUCAUUUACAAAUUGCACCAUGUUUUGCUCUAAAUUGCACCUUUUUCCAAAUCAAUGUGAAAGCUGUACUAAAACACAACAACCAAUCAGAUAAGCAAUAAACAAUCAAUUAGAUAGAUAAUUUUAAAGUAAGCAAUCAAAUUACAGGAAAAUGAAAAGCAAGUUUGUGCAACUUUUUACAAACCAGUUGUGGGAAUGGUUCAAUAAAAUAUUUGUACAGAUUAAAAGAUCCUGUAGUUGCACGCCUGAAUUUUGCAAUUUCAAAAUGGAUGUAAUAAAGUGGUUAUUUAACUUUGUGUCAAGCAAUUUUGAUCUGAAAUUAUACUUGUGAUUUAAAUCAAACUUGUGCCAUCAUUAAUCCUCAGAGGUGAUUAAAAUCUAAUAUUUGGUUAACAUGAGAGUUUGUGUGCUUUGAACCGUGAUAUAUCAAAAGAAACUAACAAUUUUUCUUUUCUUUUCGUCAGUCGCACUGGUGAAGCUAUUGGAAGAAAGAAUGAUUUUAAGGUAUGAAAAGUUUUAAAUUUUCAAAUUAUUCCUAAAAAUUUUAAUUUUUAGACCAUGAUUAUUAUCAAAAGAAAUUCUGAGAAAUCCCUCGGACGGGCCACAGACUUUCAAGGGUCAUGUUAAGAAAACCAUUAUCAACUAAUAUUGUGAUUAAAACUGUACAAUCUCACUUAUUGAAUUAUUUCAAUAAGUGAUCAAAGCCACAGCCUUCGUGACUUAUUAACCCUUUAACUCUCCAAAGUGAUCAACAUGUUACUUUUCCCUUCAAUAUCCAUACAUUAUCCAGCAAACAGGUAAUGAGAAUACUCAAACUUAUUAGGUAGAAUUUGUUAUCUUGAUCUAACACCAAAUUCUUGUCACUACUAAUUUACAAGGAAAUGUGUAGCAGCUGGAGGGGAGAAGUAACAAUCAGAUCUUGGGAGUUAAAAAGUUAAUUAAGGCUAUUAACCAAAACUGCACGAUCUCAGCAGUUGAGUUAACAUGUAUAUUGAUAAGUGCUUGAAGCCCUCAGCCUACAGGACUCGUCAACCAUUACCUUAUUCAGCAGUGUAACUAUUGAGAAUUUAAAUCAUUUUGUCGACAGAUGAACACAUCCAUUGUCCAUGGUCCAACUGGCACCCUGCUUUUAGACUGGACACACCUUUCACUAAUAGAUGACUCCUUCAGAGGACUGAAGCCUGCAACUCCAUCAGUCAUGUCAGGUUUGUGGGAAAUAAAUCAAGUUUACCUGCUAAUUAAUAGUAAACAGAUGAACAUCCACUUUUCUCUGUCCAGGUCUUGAACCUAGAACUCAUGAACAGUCUGCCAACCAUGGCCUGGAUGCAGCUGAAAGUUAUGAGGCUUUAGAACUUCCUGGUUAGUAAAGUUCCCUUUCUUCAAGUUUUUAUCUGGCCAAGUCUCUUUUCAAUUCAAUUCUGAAAUUUAUUUUUUCAUUAAAUCUUGGAAUUUAAGCCAAUCAAAAGUCAGUGAAUGCAAUUACAAAAUUUGUGCUGUAAAUGGUUUGAACAUACUAAACUUUGUAGGUCAUUAUAGGAAGACAAUAUGUGUCAACAUUUCCUCAAAGGGAUUUUGCAUUCACUACCCUGAAAACUUUCAGAGUUCUAGCCGAACUAAGCGCAUAAAUUUAAACAAGGACUUACUUGAUAGUAACUACCAUUACUGGUAGUUACAUUCCAUUGUUAAUGUGUAAUUCCAUUAAGUUAUGAUUCAUCAAGUGCAACACCUUGUUCAGUGGUCCUGUGUACCAGCUGAUACCAUGAGAACUCAUGAGCAAGGGACUGUCCAUUCCCACAAAUCAUAAUCCCUGUUACACAAUUCAGUAUGUUAAGAGUAGUUUACUUUCUAGGUUUGAAGAGCUAUAGGUACUUCCUUUCUUUUAGACCCUGAUGAUAAUUUUGAUCCACCUGAACUGAUGGAUGAUGAUGCACUUGAUGACUGUCACAAUGCUCCAAAAAAUUGCAAUGAAUUUGUUACAGAGGAGACUGAGGUGAAAAAAUAAAAAUUAGUUAUCUCUUCAAGAUGAGUUAAGCCUUUAAUGUUAUUGUACUAUUUCAUUACUCAUCUAAUGUUGUAUUAAGGUGUUGGCUUCGUCAUGAGAUCCCUAGAAUUGCCCCAUAUCUGUAGCAAUGUACCCUAAUGUCUAUAGUUUGUAAUAACUGCGAUAAUUGCUGGUACUUCAUCCAAACAUGAAGUUGGUCCACUGGAGAUCUCCCUUUAGCAUAUUGUCAGUUCCCCUUGAAGUUUGCUAGUACCAAUUUAUACACCGGAGUUGAGAGAGGCAAUGUGAGGAGAGGUUGUCUUUUCUAUGAACACAGCUGAUAAUCCACUCUGUCAAAUCUUAUCCCACUUUCCCCAACAUAAAACAAAUACAAGUACUGUUGCCUCACACAGGUUGUUCCCACCCUUUUUAUGCAUUUGGUAAGGUUCCCAGACACUCUAAAGGUAGUCAGUUAUAUCCCAGAGGUUUCAAUAAAUGCUGGUUGCCAGCAUUCUACCGUCUCUUGUAAGACUUUUUGCUGCUAGUAGUCAGCUAUAUCUCAGGGGUUUCAAUAAAUGCCAGUUGCCAGCAUUUAAUCACCUCCUGUAAGACUUUAUGCUGCUACAGGUAGUUAGCUAUAUCCCAGGGGUUUCAGUGAAUGCUGAUUGCCAGCAUUUUACCACCUCCUGUAAGACUUUAUGCUGCUAUAGGUAUAGUCAGCUAUAUCCCACAGGUUUCAAUGAAAGCUGGUUACCAGCAUUCUACCACCUCCAGUAAAACGUUUUGCUGCUACAGGUAGUCAGCUAUAUCUCAGGAGUUUUUUAGUAAAAGCUGGUUGCCAGUAUUCUACCACCUCCUGUAAGAGUUUUUUGCUGCUGUCUGUUUAGCCUGUAUGCAGGCAUUUGUGUUUGAGUUUUGCUAGCAAAAAACCUGAAACCUGUUAUACCCCCUGGAUUGAUGACAAAUGCUUUGCAAGAGUGAAAUUGUCAUGCCAAAAAAACACCACACAUUGAUUUGAAUUUCUGAAUCCAGAGUCCAGAAAUAUAGCUCCAAACUCCCCAAGUUUCCUAUUGGAAGGGGUGAAUACAUAUAUGUUAUUUACCAGGUGGGGGGGUUCAUAUGAGGAAAAAAAACUGUGCCUAAGGUCUUGACUGUAGCCAAAAGGGCAAGGGUUGUACUCAAGACCACAGUUUUUUUCCCAGACAGACCAACUUAGACUGGUUAAUAGGUUAUUUAUUUAUUGUUAUUGUUUCCUCUGCUUUGCUGCAAAUGACACAGAAAAUAUUUCAUACCUUGGUCUGCAUUGUGAAAAGCUGGACCAGUUAUGGGUGCCCAAUUAGCCAAUCAGAUUCAAUGAUGUAAGAUUCUGGAGAUGAGAUGUUUCAGAAAAAAAAAAGAUUUGCUAUGCUUUUGAGACCUUUUUGCUCCAAUCUUUUAAACAGCUUUUUGAUUAUGUCUGUUUGUAAAUACAAGUACAUUAAGGAAUUUUUGAAGCUGUUUUAUGUAUAUUGUGCCAAGACUGUGGAAUUUCAAGUUUUUUUUUUUUUUAAAGAUAUCUUGUAAUGAGAUAGGUUUGAUUAUAAAUGUUUUUGCACAAAUCAUAGGAUCAUCAGGAAGAAAGAAGAGCAUUGAGAGCAAGACCUGAAACAAAACAAGUUGUACAAGCACAGCCUGUGAGUUAAGUUUUUUCCAUGACCAUUUAGUUUGAUUCUCCAUCAACACAACUUAACAGUUUCUUUAAAGAAAUGUAAUACCCAAGAAUUCAAUUCUAUUUAAUUAAUUUUCCCGAGAGUCUGUCAUUCAUUUGUGUUUAAAAAUAUUUAAAAAUUUGGUUAUAAAUUAAACUCAUUUAUACUCCAAGUUGAUAUUUUUCUUUCAUUUAUGACCUGUUGUUUUUACAAUGUUUUGAUGUCAUAAGGAGAGUUGCUCAUUGCGCACUCUUGGGACAUAAAGGGUUAAUGACUUAAAUUUAACUAAUGGCAAUUAAUUUCUAUUUAGAAUGGGCUGGUGACAUGUGGCUGAUGUUUUAUUACUUUACUUUAGUUUGAAACCUUAACCUUAACCUUAACCAAUUGGUCUAGUUCUGACAUGCAGUAUUUCCUCAUACAAGUUCCCUCCCACAAAAAAGCACCCUCCCCCAAGGCCAGAAUAUCAAACAAGCAUCCCACUCAAAUAUGUGCCCCUCUCCUCCAUUUUUGUUACUAGAAGGGAUACACAGAAAAACCUGUUUCUAUUGCUACUUUAUUUAUAACUUUGACAGCUUCAACUGCAGCUGAAUCAGUUCAGGAGAAUAGUAAGCACCCUCUUGAUUAAGCAGCCUCCUUCCAAUAAGCACACCCCCAUUUAGCCAAAAUUUUAGAUAAAUGCUUAUUUUAGGAAAUACAGUACAUCCUAACAAAUUUGCAAUUGCACUGGUUUAUUUUUACCAUUAUCUUAAUCAUUAAUUUUUGUCAAAUUUACAGUUCAAAGAUCCCUGGAAAAUGUUGGAUCCUCAUGAUCCGGGUACUGCACAAGAAAAACCAUUUAAGAAAGGUCAGCUGUCAUUCAGUCACAAUUUGUGGCACAGUCUUUCUUUUCCCUAGUGGAAGAAGUGGUGGCUUAAUAGAUAGAGUGCUGGAUUCCAGCCCGAGAGGUCUGGGUUCAAGACCUUGUUCUUGGGCUAAACACUCGACUCUCACAGUUGCCUCAGUUGACCCAGGUGUAUAAAUAUGUACUGGCAGAUUGUCAGGGAAGCUUGAUUAAAUGCUGGGGGGGGGGGGGUUCCCUGAGAUGAACUAUCAUCCCAUCCAGGGAGGAGUAGAAAUAUUCCAAGUCGCUUCAUAUUAAGGAAACCACAAUGUGCUCCUGCUGGAUGAGGCACUUGGCUUGAGUACAGACAUAACCUUUCAUUUUUUUCACCUUUCUUCUCACUCCUGUACUCAGUCUUUCCAGUUUCUGGAACUCUUUUAAAGAAUAAUCAGGGUCAGGAGAAACUGAUUAGAAAUAAAUUAUUGUCAUUGGUUUUUAGUAGGUCUUGUUUAAAGGCUGCACUUUUCACAAGCCAAAUGUGAUUCAAAUUUGGACUAAGCAAAUUGAAAUAAAAGACUCAGAUACCAAAUUUUGCUACUUGUUAUGGCCACUCUCAUUAUAGCACCCAGAGAACUGCUCUAAAUAUAUCAUAAUGAUUUGAACAAUGCCUUUUAACAUUUGUGAUGUGAAAAGUUCAGCAUCUGAAUUUAAGCCCCUUUAAAUCCAGGAGAAGAAAGGGGGGGAGACUGAUAAGCUAUUCCAAUUUGAACUGUAAAGUAGUAUUAUAGUUUUGUAGAAACCAUCAGUGACAAUAUGAUUAAUAAUUAUUUUAUCGUAACCAGCUCUCCUUGAAAAUUGUGUAUUCCGUUCCUAAGGGUAAAACUAAAGUGAUUAAAAUUAUUCUGCAGGUAAACCCUUCAAGAAGCCUUCCUCUUUGACAUCACAUCAGAAGAAAAAGAAAAGAAAACGUAAAGAAGAAAAUAAAGAACCUACACUUGUUCCUAUCAAUCAAUUUAUAUCCCAAGCUUGUAAGUAAAAUCAGCUGAAGAUGAGACACUAGUUUGACAUUGUGCACUUUGUAGAACAUACUCACCCUUAAUGAUAAAUUUUCCUUUAUUUAUUGUACAAAUUUUCAAUGAUAAACUUCCAUUCUUCAUUAAUCCUUUACACCCCAACAUUGUUAUUGAAAUUCUCCACACUUUUCUCUUCACAUUUCUUCUGAUACUGACAUGGAGAAGUUGUUUGAUGCAAUGGAGCUUCCUAAAUUGGUGAUCGUUUCCUUUAUUCUCAUGACCAUUACAUUUGAUUCAAGGGUGAGAAAUAAGGAGAAAUUAGAAGCCAGUCACUGUCAGGGUUAAUUGAAAGCACCAAUCACAGGUGUUGAGGGUAAAACAGUCUCAGCAAAGCAUUAUGCUCAUUACUCUGUAUGGCAAUGCACAAUCAUUCAACCUUGUUACCUCAUGAAUAACCCUUUACAUCCUUACAUCAGUAUUUAUAUUCUCCAUACUGCUCCUUAUACAGUUUCUAUGGUACUUCCAGGGAGAAUUUGUUUCACAAUCACAAGCUUUGUUAGUAUACCACUAUUUUCCUUAUUCUCAUGACCUCAGUGAUUGAUUCAGCAGUCAUGCUGUAAGGAGAAUUUGAUCCCAGUCAGUCAGUCUUAGGGGUUAUAGGGUUGACAACAGUAUAAAAACAAAAUAUUACUAUUUACAAUCUAUUAACUCUUUAAACCCUAAGAUUGACCAGCAUCUAAUUUCUCCCAACCAUAUCACCCCAGAAUCACACAUUAAGGUCAUGAGAAUAAAGGAAAUGAUCACCAACCAAAGAAGCUUUUGAUUGGUAAACAAAUUCUCCUUGUCAGCACCCUAGGAAAUGUAUAAAGAACAGUAUUGAGAAUAUGCAUACUGAUGUUAGGGUGUAAAGGAAUAAUGUACAGGGAAGGCGACCAUAUCACAAGAAAAACUGUUAUUUCUUUGAUUUUGUACAACUUUAAUACCUUCAAUAAAUCACCACAACUUUGUACACUUACUCUUUUCUUUGCAGUUUAUUCACAUGCAUCAAAGAUGUCCAAAAAUAGUCUCAAAAUUCCAUCAUUUCCAGGUAUGCAGCAAUGCUUGUUUGUUUCCUGCUUGGAGAGAAUCUUUCUCAUGAAGCUGUUAAUGGGUGAACCUUCAAUGCUGCUGUAUUUAUUUUGCUACAAAUUUAAUUUUACAGAGUUUGAAUACUUGUAUUGGGUAGAAUACAGAGAGAAACAAAAACUCCAUGCCAAGCUGAAGAAGGUUUUGGUAAGAAGUCUAUGCUUUGUGCUUUUUACCAAGUGGAACUUUUAAGUUUGAAAAUCCCUCAAAAAAAUAUUUGUUAUGAUGUGUAACAUUAUAUCUCAGAUAAAACCACAUUUCAAUUCAGUCUCAGGUUGCAAGCAAGGAGGAAAUUGAGGAAUUAAACUCAAUUGUAGAAAAUAGAGAAGAGAAUGCAGAUGGGCAAGUAUAUGGUAAGAGUCAAUGGUAGUGUUGCCCUAACCUUUUUCUUCUUGUUGUCUUCAAGGGGGUACAGCAUUCAUUAAUAGUGCCAGACCUCUUAGCAAACCUCUACUUACCUUAUCUCAAAACUACCUACUGGCAGCAGAGAAACAUGACUCCUGCAGUACUGAUAAUGAGGACUUGUUUGCAGGCUAAACUGUCUUGCCAAGCCUCUGUUUGUCCUCCCUUAAACCCUUGAAAUCACAUAAGAGAUUGGCAUGUAAUUUCUCCCUAUAAUAUCCAUACAUUAUCCAGCAAACAGGUGAAGAGAUUACUCAAACCCAUCAGGCAGAAGUUGUUAUCUUGAUCUAACACACAACAAUUUUACAAGAAAUGUGUAGCAGGUAGAGGGGAGAAUCAACAAUCACAUCUUGGGAGUUAAAGGGUUAAAUUAUUGGAUUGUGUUUAUUCCUCUCAGACGAUGGUAAUGGAGUCGGAUAUGAUGAUCCAGCCAAUUUUGAUGAUGAUGGUGAUGAUUUUGGAGGAGUAGAUGAAGGGUUGGACCUUGGCAGUGCUGAAGUUCUGGAGCCAAUGGGUAAAAAUUGAGCUAAAAUUUGUUCUUUUUAUCACAGUAUUUACAGAACAAGAAAUGGAACAAAACAACAGACUCAAUUCUCUUAUGUUUUCAGAAUCCAAAUAUCUCCAUAAAUUCCCCACUCCCUCCUUUAUGAAACAACUAUAUUUACCACAAGGUAAAUUGGUAUUAUCAACUGGCCAAUGGUAAAGAGUUUCAAAACUGAUGUUUCGUGCUUUAGCCCUUUGUCAGAGCUACCCUGUUAUACUCUCCCACCACAGUUUCUUUAGGAACUUACUUCCUUUAUAUAUUUACCACACUUUUGUUGUACAUGCAGCCUCAAAUUCGAUGCACAAAAAGUGACAAUCAUAGUGAAAGCCUGAACUUAGCUUGGAACUAAAUUCAUCUUUACAUGGGUGAACAACUGGAGCUGACCAGAAAAAACCUAGAUUUGACUAGACCUUGUCCAUUGUCUGGCCAGCCCUGGGUUCUCAAGUUGAUAAGAGAUGAAACAAGGGAGUGACCUUUAACCCAUAUGUUGGAUUCAAAAGCUGUUCUGUUAAUUUCACAGCACUGGAGGAACCUGCAGAUGGUGUAGUUAUUUCAAGCUAUGAAGAAAUGGUUAGGAAAUAUGUGGUGAGUGUUACUCUUUUUCCAUUAGUUAAAGCUAUCAAAUAACUUAAAACUGAUACAAUUUUCAAACAUUUAUUGUCUGUAAACCUAUAUGCAGGACUUUGUGGUCACUGGCCUGUAAAAAUCCCCAUUUGGCAACCUGGAGUCAUAAAAUGGUUUUCAGAUGAAAAGUUCAGUUGCCAGAGAAGAAAAAUGUAAUAUUACUUGAUUUCUAAACUGUUAAUCAGACCACUUGUAUUUAAAAAAAAUAAUUUUGGUUAGAAAUUAUUCAUGAAAAUUCAUGCCAAAUCUUGUACAAUGAAGAAAGAGAAGGCAAUAUAUAUAGGAAAAUGAUAGAGUGGUAACGUUAUUUCAUUCAAAUGUUAAUCUCACUUGGUGAUUCUUGUUGUCAAACUGAGACUCUGCAGCAAAUUCACAAGCAAAAACUGUUCUUCAAACCAUGGUGAAAAAAACAGUUGCAGUUGGAGUACUGAUGUGCCUGUUUGCUAACCAUUUCCUUGAUCCUGCUACACAGGAUAGUUACCUUUUGGAGGCACGUCAACAGUAUGCCCAAGAAACAGAGUUGAGUAGAAGAGUCAGAGAAUGGGAAGAGAGAAUUGUCCCUGUAUUAACAGAAGAGGUGAAUUAUAAAUUAAAAAUAUUAAGAGAUGUGUCACUUAUAAUCCAGAUGCAACUUGAUUUUCACUUCUGAUGCACAAGUGGACAGCCUUGCAAAGAUGCAUUAAUUUUUUAAUGCAUUUUUUAUAUCAAAUUCUCCCACCAUUAUCGAUGGUAAAUUUGUCAUUAACUGUAUCACUCCUGCUGGUAAUUAACAUGUAAAUUCUUCCUAUAAUAUCCAUCCAUUUUCCAGCAAACUGGUAGUGCAAACACUCAAACUUAUCAGGUAGAAGUUGUCAAUCUCAAUCAAACACCAAAUUUCAGUAACUUAUUUACCAGAAAUGUUUUGCAGCUCUUGGGGAUAAUUAACAAUCAAAUCUUGGGAGUUGAAGGGUUAACUUACUGAUCUUACUCCAUUUGCAGGAGACACAUCGGCCAUUUGAUAUUCACAAGUAUGGAGAAGAAAUUAUUGAUUCAUUUAAAGGUAACAAGUGUAGAGUAUGCUAAAACAAACUCCAAAUCAAUGGCUUCUGUACUGCCAUUGUUUAAAGCUUUACUCUCUCACUCACUCCAUCUUUGUUUUGAAAAUUGUUAUUGUGCAGUGACUUCUCUGCCAGAAGAUGUCUUGCUGUUUUUAAAUGAGCCCAGCUACCACUUGCAUUAUCUCUGCUUCAGAAAGUUGUUUUAUCUUAGCUUUUAAUUAACUUCCAUGAGUGACCUAGACAGGAUUUCUCCUUACAAUACCAAUACAAUAUCAAACAGAAAGAUGAUUAGAAUAAAGAAAAAUAUCAAUCAGGGAAUUAAUAAUUGAUCCAAUGUCAAAUUCUCAGAACUAACAGCAUAAGAAUUGUACAUCAAAGAGUAAGGAGAAUUACCAACAAGAUGUUGGGAGUGAGAGGGUAAAUGCAAACUCUUUGUCUUAGAACCACACAGUGGAAAUGACAUCAGAGAAUUUCAAGGAUAGCCGAAAAAGUAUAUUAGGCCAUAGUGACUAAAACAGUUGAAUCUUAAGACAGGAUUAUGACUCAGAUUUAAAAAUUCAAUGCUUCCAAUUAUGUGCAUCUCUCUUCAUUAAUCACUGCAACUGCAACAAGUUUCUUAGUUCUCCACCACACACACCCCUCCCUCUUCCCUUUCCAUUUGGACUGAAGAAUUUUUGGUAGCAGGGUCAACAUUACUUCUCAACUAACUGAUGCCCCUUCAGCAUUAGACAAAAAAAUUAGCCAGCCAGCCAUCUUGGUUUUCAAGAAUAUGGGUGUCAGUCAAGUAGUAUUAAAAGGCAAACCCACAAAUCUGGGUUGACUAGAUGGGUGGGGAGGUCCAGAACCCUUGCACCCCUCCCUGGAUCUGCUACUGAAAUACACAAUUGUGAAUUUACUUUGUGUUCUGAACAUUUUUUCACAGGCAAUAGUAAUCAAGAUUUUAGACAGCUAGCCCAUGAAAAGGUAAUAUACAUCCCAACUGCAUCCAAUAUUUACAUUCUUUCACAAGAAUUCAUGACAUUGUCACAGUUAAUGAGUAACCUAGUUCUUACAAGAGAUUUAGCUUAAAUGUUUUGCUCAGAAAGCAACAGAAAGGUUUGUUUUUAAACCAAUUUGUGACUGGAGUUGAGCUUAUUAUUGUAUUCAUUGGCAAGAAAUCACACCAGAGUUGUAUAAGAAGGGUUUAGUAAUCUGUUUUUUGUGACCUUUUUGUUUUCUGUUUUUAUUUGCACAGGAACCAUUUGAAAUAUGUAGGUUUUUUCUAGCAACACUGCAGCUGGUGAGUUCUCACAUCAUCUUAGUUUUCAAAAGUUUUAAGUCUGAGAGUUGUUAAUAAUCCUUGUCCUAAAUGUUUCUAUCCUUUUAUUCCAAAGAUCAAGAAAAGUUUAAAUAUUUUAGAAUAAAAAUGGCAGAAAGAGAAGAUAUUCUCAUAUGGCUUUCUAGUCUUCUUGGAUAAGAAUGAUAAAACUUAGGCCCUAUCUCCUGCAUCUUCUCUAUACUGGUUAACAGGAGAAAUUAAAAACCCACACACUUUGUUGCAAAAAGUAGGGAACACAACUCCCAGUGCUAUUGUAUAUACAGGCCUCCAUUUAAACCAGCUUUGAGCUGAACAGGACCAAAUGCACCCAUCUAAAUGCAUAACUUAGGGGAGAAGGAUCGCCAAAAAGGGAGCAACAAAUCUUAAUGAGAAAUGGUUUGAUGCUACUCUGGUUUAAAGAUUUAAUGAAUGUAACUGAGAAGUUACAAUUCAGAGACCCAAUGACCCUCCUGUCUAGUGCCUUCAUCAGGGGUGAUCUAAUUGCUGCAUCAAUAGGUCCUUUUAUAUGCUUGCUAAUUAGCUGCCUUUUUCUGACAUGGUGGAAAUAGGAAUCAGGUAGUACAAAAGACAGCGAUAAUUAGCAAGGCAGACUCUGAUGUUCGCAAGCUGGUUGACCCUUGUAACAACAGUUUGACCAUACUUUUCUCCCAAAUAAGAUAUAUUUAAAGUUCACAAGGCAAUCAGGUGGACAAUCAAACAUGGUUUGAUGCUACUCUGGUUUAAAGAUUUAAUGAACAUAACCAAGAAGUUACAAUCAUAGACCUAAUGUUUCCACACUCCUGCCUGGUGCCUUUAUCAGUAUGCUCAAACUAUGGUUAAACUAUGUCUGAUUGUCCACCAGGUUGCCUUGUGAACUUUAAUAUAUUAAAUCUUAAUGAGCUGCACUAAGAAAAAUCUUUCUUGUAGGGCAGAAGGUCAAACAAGUAUUCUUGUUUCUUUACAGGCAAACAACUAUAAUGUAGAGAUCACAGCUGAUGGAGUUGGAGAAAAAGCAGUUGACACCAUGAGACUAAAACUUCUAAAAAGAACACCUGGAAAUGUGGCCAUAGCAACUUUUGGGGGACAUGCAGCUAAAUGAUACACAUAGUUUUAAAUUAUUUCUUACUUUGUAACAACAGUUGAAGUUUAGAGGUGAUUAUAAAGUACCUGCAUGGCUGUGAAAUGCUGUUAUCACCAAUGACCAUGAACUUGUGUUGCAGAUCUGUCUUUUUUUGGAGUUUAUGAUUUUAAACAUAUUUAAUACUGGUAAAUUAGAAAUUCAUAUGCAAAACUGUUGUUUUUAAAACUAUUGCUUUACUUGUUAAUUUUAAUUUGUUUUAGAAGUUUUUAAUGUUACAUGGAAAAAGUUCAAUCACCUCAAUCAUCUGUGCAUGAUAAUACCUUGUGAACAAAGAGAGACAAGGAGACUUAAAACUGGCAUCAAAAGGCCUUAUCUUUGUGUUAUCUAGACUAUGAGCUACCCCUCUUUUUCAGCAAAGUCCAUUGUGAAAAUGAAACAAAUUAGUGGAAAAUAAUUGAUUUUAGCAAGUGGCAUGGAUGUGCAUGAAAAGUAGGCC